AUUCUGAAUCAACCAAACCAGUCCGGAUGGCGCUAUAAAAAGGCUUGACAAAAACCAUGAAGCCAAGGCGAGCAAUCUCCAAACUCUCCACUAGCCACGAGUGCCAUUAAGGAGCUGCCAUGGAUGGUCUGGUUGAGACUCUUUGGAAAAUAUGGGUUUCAUUUGUCCAAGGAGACACUCGCCUAAGUGAAUAAUGAAGCUGAAGCCUGUCGGUUUGAACAUCUUGCCGCCUAAGCCGCCAAAAGGCUAGAAGGGCUCAGGAUCAGAGUAAUGCCGGGCCCAUCAACCCAAAGUGCAGACCAUGCUUCCCCGAUGCGCCGCCCAUGGGUACCAUCGUGCUAGUGCGCCACUGGUCGUUCUUGUGCUCGUGCUGGUGCUCGGCCGAGGCACGAAAGCCGACCCUCCUCGCUACAGUUCGCGAAUCGUUGAAAUCCAGACUGGUUCCAUCAGGGGCGUAAUUCUGGACCUAACCAAAAAACAUUUGGAACCUGUUGAGGUUUUUCGUGGGGUUCCAUACGCGGCGCCUCCAGUAGGGCCGCUGCGGUUCCUGCCUCCUCAGCCGCCACUUUCCUGGCCUGGAACCCGGCUGGCGGACACAUUUGGUGCCGCAUGCCCGCAAAGACCGCCGGACAUUUCUAAUAGGACUGCCGCUCAUCAGGUCAUGCCGAAAGGCCGCUACCAGUACCUGAAGAAGUUGCUACCUCUGCUCUCCAACCAGGCGGAAGACUGUUUGUUCCUCAACAUCUACGUCCCGGGCAGCGGAAAUCGCGGCAUUGAAGCUCCAUAUGCCGUCCUGAUGUUCCUGCAUGGGGAAAGUUUCGAAUGGGGCGCUGGACAUCCAUACGAUGGCAGUGUGUUGGCUUCUUAUGGGCAUGUCAUUGUUGUCACCAUCAACUAUCGACUCGGCGUCUUAGGCUUUCUUCGCACGAAGUCUAGCAGCGACGCGAAUGCAGCGGACAGCGGCAACUGGGGCAUCAAGGACGUGACCGCCGCCCUUCGCUGGGUGAAAAACAAUAUUGCCGCCUUCGGCGGCGACCCUACAAGGGUCACUCUUGUUGGACACGACACUGGAGCUGCCAUUGCCAAUCUGCUUUUUCUUUCGCCUACUUCCAAAGGUCUCUUCCAGAGAGUGAUGCUGUUGAGUGGCACGGCACUGAGUUCCUGGGCGACCGUCCAUAAUCCCGAUAGUUUGCGGUUGAGUGUUGGCAAGCAGAUGGGCUGUUUGCCUCAAGAUUCCAAAGCUACCGAUGGAGCGGACAUUGCUCCUUGCAUGAGGUCCAGGCCGAUUGAAGCCAUUCAAGAGCUGCAACUGGAUAGUGUGCGCUUCAUGCCUCAAAUCGCCCCAGCUCUUCCAGUCGACCCAGAGUCUUCGGAUCCGGAUUUUGCGAUGGAGCAUGCAAGCGACUCCUUCAUAACUUGCGAAGUGAUGCUGGGAAUCACCACAACGGAAAGUUAUGCAGACUUUAACGCCAACGAUAUCCAGUAUGGGUUUGAGGAGGACCAUCGGAACCGAGUGCUGCGGACUUACAUCCGGAACACUUACGUGUACCAUUUGAACGAGAUUUUCAGUGCAGUGAGGAACGAGUACACGGACUGGGACAAGCCCAUUCCGCAUCCCAUUAAUAUUCGGGACUCCACCAUGGAGGCUCUAAGUGAUGGGCACACAGUGGCGCCGGCUGUUCGGGUUGCUUUCCUCCAUGCCCGGCGGGGUGCCAAGACGUACUUUUUCCAUUUUGGGUACCAGACGAAAAACAGCGACUAUCCCCAGCGCCUAGGCAGCGUGAGGGGCGAAGACUUAACUUACAUAUUGGGGCUGCCGCUUGUAGGAGGACUUCCCUACUUUCCUCAGAACUACUCGAAGCAAGAUAUGGGCGUGUCCGAAGCGCUGCUGAACUUUGUGAGCAAUUUUGCUAAGAGCGGCGACCCGAACGCUCCUGGCAUCCACAAAGAGGCACCCGAUUAUGGUACCCCUAGGGAGAAAACUCGCUAUCGAGGCCUGACUUGGGACCCGUAUGAGAUCGGUACUCAGUACUAUCUGAGCAUAACCCAAAAACCAAAGAUGAAAAGCCACUACCGCGGGCAUAAAAUGGCUGUCUGGUUGAACCUCAUUCCUCAACUGCACCAACCAGGAGACGAAGACGUCAGCAUGCGGCAUCACCACUUUUAUGAACGGGAACCUCACUUUUACGCAGGAGCCGUUAGAGUUGAAUCGUUCACGCGACUGCCGCCCGUAAUGCAUCCUGCUUCCAUGACGGAUUCGCAAAUGAUCGGCGACAGAUCUGGACAUACGGAUUGUCCGCCUGUAAGCACCGCUGAAGAGAACGACGACAAUGAGGAGAAUGAUAAAGAGCAGGAGAAACUGCUAGAGCAGCUGACCACUCCGCACUACAGCUACACCGCCGCUUUGGGUGUUACUAUUGGGAUUGGCAGUCUUCUGCUGAUACUCAACAUGUUGAUUUUUGCAGCAAUUUACUAUCAGAGAACCAGAGAUCUGAGAUCUGAAAACCAACGCUCUCACUCAAUCUCCAGACGCUCCCGCGGCACCUCGACUCCUUCAACGGAAGAAACAAUGCCGAUGUCGCAAAGACUAAGCACUCCGGGCAGUAGCGCACGCCAAUCCCCACUAGUCCAUAGACGCGACAUGGAAAUGGCCGAAAUUUCCCUGGGUUUCUCCACGAGGAGCAAAAAAAUCUUUAAACGACCCACACCCAGCUUGCUGUUCUAGUGGCUGGAUGGUGGACGUGUUCAUUUUCAGUGCGAGCAUUUUCAGGGACUCGUGGAAAGUGUGCAAACGGGACAAUUUCUUUCCUCAGUUCUGCCCUAAUGUCGUCGAUGGCUAUAAUGUACGGGUUUGAGUGUGACUAGAUCUAAUUUCUGUUCUAUUGAACUUUUCGAACCCUGAAGGUGAAUACAAACUUUUGUUUA